UCCAAGUUUAAUUUUUGCAGGUAUAAAAUGCGACGCUUCGUCCUAUUUCUGCUCCUCUCAAGACGGUAGUGGAGAGAGGAGACAGAGCGAGAGGGGGGGAGAGAGAGAUCGGUGAUGGCGGAUCUUGUGUACCACGCAUUUGCUUUCGUCGCCUUGUUCUCUCACGGCCUUUACCAUCUGAUCUCAGCCACCCGCGCCCACCUCGCCGUCCCGUCGUCCUCCUUCUCCACCUCCGGUCGCGGUGCUGCCGUCGCUGCCGACCAUACCGCCCGCCCCUACUACCCGCUCGCACUCGCCGCCCACCGUCACCACCUACUCCGCCACCUCCCCCUCUACCUCGCCCUCCUCUGCCUCCUCGUCGCCAUCGCGGUCCACGCCUUUUUCUCCUCGCCCGAUGGAGCCCAUGCUGCCGCCCAACGCUUCUCCUACCUUGAGUCGGCCGCCGCCCUCUUCCUCCUUGUCCUCCUCGCCGCCUCCAUCUUGAUCCUCCCACUCCCGGCGGACGUCGUCUUCCUCCUUGCCGCCCUCGCGUUUGCCCUCCUCUCCGCUGCAUCCGCCCACUCGGCCGCCGCAUACCAGCAAUCCGAACUCCAGUCCAAGUGCGACUCCAUCUCCUCGCUUGUCUCUGCUGCAUCUGCUACCUCCGCGCUCGUUGUGGCCAUUGCUCCGAGGCUCUUCGUUGCGGAGCUCGCCUUGGCAGCCUCCAUUGCCCUCCAAGGUCUCUGGUCAUUCCAGACCGGCAUCUCCCUCUACGUCGACGCCUUUAUUCCCGAGGGUUGCCACCAGAUACUGGGUGUCCGCGACAUCUCCACCAACUGUGAUCUUGACAGUUCCCUCCACCGCGCCGCUGCGCUCCUUGAUCUGGCCUUUGCCCUCCACGCCACCCUCAUUGCCAUUACCACCUCGAUCGUGUGUGCUACCUCGACCAGGGCAUACAGUAGCAGUGGGCUCGUCCGAAGGCACAAUGGAGAUUCCUACGAGGCUCUGCCGGCCUCAUUAUCGACCGGAACUCUCUCAGAUAUGGAUCACAUUCAGAUGAAGGCGUUCUCCAAGAGCUCAACGCAGGCCUAAGAUAAG